UUAUUUAUUUAUUUAUUCAGAAUUAGUUUGAGUGGUACAGUGAGUUAAGUCUACUACAAGUGAUAUUUUUAGUUGUGAGAAAACUGUCUAUCUAUAGCUGCCUUUAAACCUCUUCGGCCGCCAUUAGAGCUCAGAACCAAGCUCAAAAGCUCACAGAUCUACACACCGCAUAUAAUCUUUAAUCAAAUGCUCCAUUGAUUUGUUUUGCACUUUUCCUUUUUUAUAAUUAUUCCCAAAUCUUGUAACCCGAAUCAUUGUUCUCUCUCAUUUUUCUAAUAUUUUCUUCUCGUUAAAGCACUUUUUGUAAUUUUCCAUUUGUCACUCUUUAGCUGAUUUUCUCGGGAAAAUCCAAGCUACGAACCUUCGAAAUUUCCUCUAGUCUUUCUACAAGCCUGCGUAAUACACUUUUUUUUUUUUAAUAUUUAUAAAAAUGCUUCGAUUUGUGGGGUCGUUUUUGCUCUGCCUCUAUGCCGUGGCUCCGUUGUUGAGCUCUCUCUCGGCGGCGGAAGUGAUAACGUGCUCCGGGAUAGUACCAAUGACGUACCGAAACGACAAGAUUUCGAUUGCGGACUUUGGGGGUGUCGGUGAUGGACGAACGCUUAAUACUAAGGCGUUUCGUGAGGCGAUUUAUCGGAUUGAGCAUCUGAGACGACCAGGUGGCACGCUUCUUUACAUACCACCUGGGGUGUACUUAACAGAGAGCUUUAACCUCACUAGCCAUAUGACUCUGUAUUUGGCCAGAGGUGCUGUUAUCAAAGCCACUCAGGAUACAUCAAGUUGGCCUUUAGUUGCCCCCUUGCCCUCUUAUGGAAGAGGGAGGGAGCUCCCUGGUGGAAGGUAUUUGAGCUUUAUUCAUGGAGAUGGACUUCAUGAUGUGGUUAUUACUGGUGAAAAUGGUACCAUUGAUGGCCAAGGAGAUGUUUGGUGGAACAUGUGGAGACAAAGAACUUUGCAAUAUACUAGACCAAAUAUAAUUGAAUUCAUGAAUUCUAAAAACAUUAUUAUAUCAAAUGUCAUCUUGCAGAACUCUCCCUUCUGGAACAUUCACCCUGUUUAUUGCAGCAAUGUUGUCGUCCGCUAUGUUACAAUAUUAGCUCCACGUGACUCUCCAAACACUGAUGGAAUCGACCCAGAUUCCAGCUCCAACGUCUGCAUAGAGGACUCCUACAUAUCCACCGGAGAUGAUCUCGUGGCUGUAAAGAGUGGAUGGGAUCAAUACGGAAUCGCUUAUGGCCGCCGUAGCUCACACAUCACGAUCCGUAGGGUGUCAGGGUCAUCCCCGUUUGCUGGAAUCGCCAUCGGAAGCGAAACCUCCGGUGGGGUGGAGAAUGUCUUUGCAGAACACAUAAACCUUUUCAACAUGGGAGUUGGCAUCCACGUAAAGACAAACACAGGCAGGGGAGGGUUCAUAAGGAACUUAACAUUCUCUAAUGUCUAUAUGGAGAAUGCCCGGAAGGGAAUAAAGAUCGCCGGAGACGUUGGGGAUCACCCGGACGACAAAUUCAACCCAAAUGCUCUCCCAAUAGUGAAAGGCAUCACCUUUAAUGAUGUUUGGGGAGUUGGGGUUAUACAGGCAGGUCUAAUAAGAGGCCUGAAGAACUCUCCUUUUACCCGAGUUUGUCUUUCGAAUGUCAACCUCCACGGCACAGCCGAACUAAGAACACCAUCUUGGCAAUGCUCCGACGUGGUCGGGGCUUCACGGAUGGUGAGCCCUUGGCCGUGUACUCAGCUCAGCAGUGGCCAACAAAUAGGUUCUUGUUCUGAUUACUAAACAAAUCUCUUGAUGUAAUAGUUUAAUUAAUGCCUAUUUAUCCUACAUAUAUAUAUGUUCUA